GAAAAUGUUUGCGUCGGAAGAGGGUUGUCUGCACGAAAAAAUGCUUCAAAAAUACCAAGUUCAUGUCUGAAAGCAGGCGAAGAUAGCAUCAUUAUAACUUCUAGCGAUGAACAGUAAUGUCCCUGGGCCAAAAAAGAUGGCCAUUUGUCGCUACUGGGCGAAUAAUCGGACAUGUUUUUACGGCGACGAUUGCCAAUUUCUGCACAGCGAUCGGGUACCCAAUUUGACUACUGCCAUUUCUCCAGCUGUGAAAAAUCAAAUGAAACAAGGAAUUCCCGAUAGAUCGCCGAGAAGCAUUGGUAAUUCUGGACGAGCUCCUGAUCAGUUUUUUCCUUCUCCCUUCAACAAUCUCAAUCUUGUGGGUGAGAGCAACAUGCCUUUUCAGCCUGACCUACAACAUGGGAGUAUGAUGGCGAAGGAUCAAAACCAGUACUUAUUUCCAGGCAGCUCUGGUCCUGAUGGUUCAUUAGGUGAUGAGAUGGCAGGGUUAUCUUUAGCCUCCAUGAAUGAUAAAAGGGGGCCUAACCCAGGAGCACUUGAAUUCAUUCCUGGUAGCAAGAAUGUGUCUGGAGGAAGCAGUGAGUUCCUACCAGGUGUUAGUGAGUUCAUACCACGGUCCAAAUUAUCAUCAAAUACUAGUACCAGCAGUUCUGUCUUUUCACCUAUGGCAUCUAGUCAUCUUAGCACAGGUAGGGGGUAUCAAGAAUCCAUGUGGUCCAACUCUAUGUCGUCUGGACCAUCGCCAAUGCAUUCCCCAAAGCUCACACCGACUGGCUCACCCAUAAUGAUGCGGCAUAGGAACAGAUCACCUACUCCAGCAGCCUUGGAUCUCGGCUCUCCAGGAACGCCUGCACAGCCCCCGAUUGGUGGUAAGCAAGACCCCAUGGUUAGCAAUCAUAUUCAAGAAAACAUUGGUGGAACGACCUAUUUCUACACUCAAGAACAAAUGCAAGCUGCUCAACCCACUGGGGUGUACCCUUCUUUUCACGUAUAUCCGUCAGAACCACCGUCUGUUAGUUACAUGACACCUAAACCCAAUGCACCAUCAUUCUUUCUCAGUGAUGAGUUGAGAAUAGAUAUCAUCCAUAGACAUUUACAAACAAUGACUACAGUGGAUUUGGCUCAAUAUCCAGACUUGCCAACUGAAGUAGACAACUAUCAUACUCUAUGUCCAUUGGAACCUAUUCCUACCAGUCCGUUAGAGAAGUCCAGUACGUUUGGCUAUGUUACAUCUUGUUAUAAAGCUGUGAACAGUAAAGACGGCAAGACAUAUUGCCUCCGGAGAAUACAUGGUUUUCGUUUAGUGAACACCAAUUGUAUGGCAUUAGUUGAUAUGUGGAAGAAGAUUCAACAUUCCAAUAUAGUAACAUUGAGAGAAGUUUUCACUACCAAGGCCUUUGGAGAUCUGUCUCUAGUGUUUGCCCAUGACUUCCAUGCAGGAGCUGAAACCUUGAUGUCUAGACACUUCAGUAAUCCCAACAUGAUGGGUAAAGAUCACCAUGUGAAAAACAAAUAUAAACAAGGUAUCAAAAGUCUUCGACAACAUGCUGGCCUGUUACCGGAAAGUGUCAUCUGGACAUAUGUGGUGCAGUUAAGUUCAGCUUUAAGAACAAUCCAUGCAGCUGGUCUAGCUUGCCGUGUCAUGGACCCAACUAAAAUACUUCUGAUGAGUAAAUCACGGUUGCGAGUCAACUGUGUUGGUAUUUUUGAUGUUUUAACAUUUGAUAACAAUCAGUCCAAUCCACUGGCUAUGAUGCCUCAUUAUCAGCAAGAAGAUCUGGUAUCAUUGGGCAAAGUUGUUUUAGCACUUGCAUGUCACUCAGUACUUGGGAUACAGAGAGAAAAUAUCCAGGCUUCAAUGGAGUUAGUAGCUGUCAACUACUCAGAAGAUUUGAAAAAUCUGAUAUUGUAUUUGUUAACAAACCAAAACCGAUUACGGAGUGUCAACGACAUUAUGCCAAUGAUUGGUGCUCGUUUUUAUACUCAGCUGGAUGCUGCUCAGAUGAGAAGUGACGUAAUAGAGGAAGACUUGUCUAAAGAAGUUCAAAACGGCCGUCUAAUGAGGCUGCUGGCCAAGCUCAACACAAUAUGUGAAAGACCAGAGUUUUCAAUGGAUCCCACAUGGUCAGAAACUGGUGAUCGUUACUUAUUGAAGUUAUUCCGUGACCAUGUAUUCCAUCAAGUAUCAGAUACAGGUGCACCAUGGAUGGAUUUAGCUCACAUUGUCUACUGCCUUAACAAGCUUGAUGCCGGUGCACCAGAGAAAGUGUGCUUGAUGUCACGGGAUGAGCAGAAUGUUCUAGUGGUGUCUUACAGCGAUCUAAAAGUCUGUUUUGAAAACACAUUUUCUGAAAUCUUACAAGCCAACCAGAGUACACCGCACCACCCAACGCAACCGCAAGUACAAGCGCCGCCAACCACGUAAAUACACAAGACAAAUAACCCGCCUCUUGUGUUGGUCUGCUGCAUACUCAAAUCAAUUCAACGAUUUGUUUUUAUACUUCUCCAAUGAGAAAAAUAUGAACAAUUAUUACCAUUUGUGUAUUUUAAAAAACAAAAAUCUCUUUUUCUCUGGAGAUGUGAUUCUUUAUUCAAAAAGACUUAUUUAAAUUGUACUAUUUUUGGAAUAUUUUUGGUCUAUAAAAUUGUGAAUUUCUAUCUUUUAGAGCGCAAAACUGCCACCGAAAGAAUCAGUGAGGGGGUGAGGAAAAAAAA